AUGCUGCGUCAGAUUGUUGGUACUAUUGUUGGUGAACUGGUGAUUUUUCCUGUCGGAUCACUCAUCGGUUUGAAGGUGACGGCGUGGUACAAUAAACAGGAAAAAUCUGAGAAGAAAGCGCAAUUGGAAGCAAUUGCUGGUGAUGUUACAAAAAUGAGAGCUGCAAUGGAAAAUGUGGAAGCUAUUGCUCGCUUCAAUAUGGAGCAUCGCAUCCGCUCUUCUGGGUUCUCGGCUUGGGUGGCCGAGAACUACAAAUCUGAAGACGAGGUUGAUGGUGAAUGUUGUAAUAACUAG